AUGACCGCGUCGACGAUACACAAGGACCACCAGCACGACGUCAAGGAGGCGAUCUUGAAGAUGGCGUUCAACAUCAACUUGACGGUCUACCUGGUCAUCCCCGGGGACGACAACAAGGUGCCGUGGCUGAGCAUCGACCUGACCAACUGCGAGCGUACACACACGAGCGAGGACACCACCGUGUAG